GAACGACAACGUUCUAUCGAUAGUUUUAAUAAAUCAAAGUUUUGGAAAGUUGCAUUGAUAUCAAUAAAGACAGGUGGCCUUGGAGUCAAUAUGUAUGGUGCCAAUAGAGUAAUCCUCGUCGAUGGUGAAUGGAAUCCAAGUUUCGCAGAGCAGGCUAUUGGAAGAGUAUAUAGAUAUAAUCAAAAAAAGGCUGUAUUUGUGUAUCGGUUUGUCACAAACGGGACCUUUGAAGACAAACAGUUUAUCCGUAAUGUUCACAAAAUGGGUCUUUCAUUGCGUGUAGUUGAUCAAAGAAAUUUAAGCAGCAUGUUGUCAAAACAAGAUGUCAACUCGGAUUUCUAUAUAAUUCCCGAUUCAACUAUUGCAUGCAAACUUCCAGAGAAUCUAGAUUUUGGAGAUAAAGUUCUCGAAAAUAUUGCUAAACGCAAUCGCGACAGAAUUAUUGACAUUCAACGAAUGAACGUGUAUUUUAACGAAGAUCAAUAUAACUUAGAUAAUGAAGAUAAACUUCAUGCAGAAAGACUGCUAGAAGAAGAAAAAAGUCGGCUUCAAAUUUAA